UAUAAAGGGAGGUAAACGACAUUUAUCUUGCACACAUCGAUCAAUUGUUAGUCACAAAAACCAAAACAAGAUGGCGGCUUAAAUAGGAAUGCAAAUUAGCGGAAAUUAUUUCGAGGGAAGAGUGUCCUACCUAAACAGUUGCGGAGUUGGACUGCCUGAUGUGGAAAACUUUCGUUUCAAAUAUCCAAUAAGUGCUCAUACUACGCUACUGAUGUUGAGACUUUUCGUUAGUGCUUAUACAACGCUUUUCUUUUGAUCUGUAGAGACUUUUCAGAAGUGAAGACUUUUCAGUUAAAAUAACCAAGAAGUGAAAACUUUUCAGUUAAUAUAUCCAAGAAGUGAAGACAGUUAAAAUAUCCAAGAAGUGAAACGUUUCAGUGAAAUUAUCCAAUAAGUGUUCAAACAAUACGAGUUUCAGUAAGUUGACAAUAUGCGAGAAGUCUUCCGACAACAUUACUAAUGUAGAGACUUUUCAGUUAAAAUAUACGAGAAGUGUUUAGACAACACUACAACUUUUCUACAACGACAGUCAAAACUUCUACAAAGUAUUAAAAUGGAAUACAUGACAGGAAAACUAGGGGAGUUAAUGCUGCUAGCUAUUGUUUUGCUUGCAUUACAUGUCAAGGCUGAAGAAACCGAAGAUUCGGGAGUAUGCCCUAGAGGAUGUUCUUGCCCAGAAACUGAACUGGUCGAAUGUCAAAACUUAUCACAGAUUCCAAAUUUUACGAAUAAAGAAUUUCUAAAGUCUCUUUCAUUUAAUGACCAUAACAUUACUGAGCUGAAAAAAGGAGAUUUUAAUGAUUUUACUCAUUUGGAACAGUUGUAUGUGAAUGGCGGAAUGUUGAGCACAAUCGCUGCAGGAACUUUUGAAGCUGUAAGUGAAACAAUACAGCUGAUUAAUCUACGGAGUAACAUAAUUGCUGAACUUGAGCCUUAUGUGUUUUUUAACUUAAGUAAUAUUGAUAAAAUAGUAUUAAAUGCAAAUCAUUUGAUAAGUUUAAAGGCCAACUCUUUUGUCAACAUGUCCAAACUAACGACAUUAGAUAUAUUGGGUAAUAACUUGCAGUCAGUGGACAAAGAGGCUUUUAUUGGGUUACCUGAGCUCGAAAAUUUAAACCUGUUCAACAACCACUUGAAACAAAUUCCGUUCGAGUCUCUUACAGGCCUUACCGCACUCAAGGUAAUGACUUUAACUCGCAAUGAAAUAACAACAGUUCCUGAACUAGCAAAAGCAUUCCUUCCUGCACUUGAAGAUAUUUACCUGGAUAGCAAUCCUAUAAGUGAAAUAGCAGUUUUUCCUAACAUCAGUGGCUCUUUAAAAAGAAUUGAACUUGAAUUCACUGACAUUUCAACAACUACAAAAGAAACAUGGAAGUAUUUAUCUCAAAUCGAUCAACUGAAUAUUGGCGGUACAAAGUUCAGUGUGAUAACUGCGGGGACAUUCGAGGGUUUACCCAACUUAAAAAGGUUGAUGCUAAGAGACAUGCCACAUUUGACUUUUGUUGGCCCAGAUGCUUUUCAUGGUAUAAAGGAUUUAACCACAAUUGACUUGGCUGAUUGUAAACAGCUUCAUACCAUUGAUGAAACAGCGUUCAUGUCUACUAAGGUUACAUCAUUCUUUCUGAAAGGAAGUGGAGUAACAUACAUACCCAGACAUCUCCUUAAAUGGUCCACAAUGAAAACUGUAAGUAUUGAAGGAAAUCCAAUUAACUGUGACUGCAAAGUUGAUUGGAUGCUAGACAAAGCUAUAUUUGGGAACAAUACUGGUGUUAAAAACAGUUUUAACAAGUUGGUCUGCGCUACGCCAAAAGUUCAUUUUGGAAAGAAUGUGACAUCAUUACACUCAAUUAACCUUACCUGUAAAUCAUAUGAGGAUGACCAUGCUUCUAGAUUCGCGACUGGAAUCAUCAUCGCAGUCAUUUGUUUUGUCUUCAUGACGACAAUUGCCCUUAUAAUGAAAUUCAGGCAGAAAAUAAUGAUAUCAUGCCGACGUUACUACCAAUACCGAAGGUAUAAAAACGACCUGGUUUUUACGGUAGAACAUGAUACGUCUAUAGCUGAGCUUGAAGAUACAGAUGGUCCUGAGGGGAGACCUCUUAAAGAUAUGAGGUUGGAAACAGUUUCUAUAGAGACAUAGAUAGGCAAUGAAAUCCUUGGAUGUAAGUACAGUGGAAGCAGUACCUAUACAGACAUAACAUAAUACAUAACCUGUAAUUGUGAACACGUGUUAUAUUUCGUAAAACCUAUAUAAUGAGAUUUAAGAUGGGUGGCACUGUUCUUGGUUAUAUACAGAAAUAUUGUAAAGUAUAAUCUGGACAAGAUAGAGGUUGACUUAAACUACCAUUGAGAAGGGCAUUAAACAGGGAGAACUUUUUCCAUGUGUUUUAUCUUGUAGAUGUAUGAAGAAAAAGGAUGAAUUGUACAUCUGACAGGAUAAAACAUGUUCUAGACAUUUUAAACAAAAUUUGCAUAUGCUACAAAAUUUUUGCUUAAACACGUGUUAUCUUGCUAUUGUACCGAUUUUAGCCCACUAAACCUAAAAAAAAACUACACAAGUUCAAAAAAUCACCUUUCAAUCAAGCACCACUUCCAUCGACUUCUGAACAUUGCACGUUUUCAAACUGCGAUUGAAGUGGUAUUUCAUUUAUGGGACAAAUUAUAUCAGUGACCGAGACUGGUUUAGUUGCAAAACGCACACGUAGGUGUGUAUGUGCGUGCCGUUGAUUUUGUAUGAAAGGAAUUACAGCACGAGCUACAGGUGCACAUGCGACAAUGGUCACGCUUUAAGUAUCACAAAGAAACCACAAUAUUGGAUCAGAAUUAUUGAAUAAUAAGUGGAUGUCAAAAUAUUUUAACACGGGUUGCAAAAAUUAAAUAAUUGCCAUAUGAGGCCUUUAAAGUAUAUAUAACACAGACUGGUAAUUCGACACCAAGGCGUUGUUAAAUGCAUGUUGUUGGAGGAAUACUUUAAUUCUUAGUUAAUGUUCGUGUGUUAGAAAUCCAUCUAGUCGUGUAAAUAGCUCUUGUCAAUAAAGCUUGGGAUAUGGCUAAUUAUUGGAAAUAUUCUUACAGAAAUUUCUGGUGACGUUUGUAAAAUUAUUAUGUAAGAGUUCGCUGGACAUUUUAUUUAAAAUAACACAUUUUAGGGGAGGCGUGAUAUCUUUGCGUCUCUCUCAAUUUGUCUAGUAUAUAGCUUCGUGCAAUACCCCCUCCUCUCGCUUAAAGCAGCAUGCCUCCAGAUUUGGCUAAAAAAUAAUCUUUCUUUCAAAUUGAAGUUUGGUCAUAUUAUGAACAUUAGAAUACGAAUUUUUGUUUCUAAAAUAUUUUAAAAGUUCCAAAUCAAGAAAAAAAGAUGACCGCGUCGGGAAUCGAACAUUUUCCCGUCGUUGUAACCAAAGUAGUGAAUAAUGACUUCAAAGUAUAGAUAUUUAUAAUCGAGACAGUUUACCUGGAGUAAAAGCGUGACAAACGCUUUUCAUCAUAAAAAGUAGUAAAAACAGCAAAGUCUCAUAUGUUUCCGUAACAUCAAGUUUGUCAGUAAUUAAGUUUUAAAGCCUUCUUAAGAAAUAUAGCAUUUAUUUCAAGAUAUCUAAAAAAAAUAUUUUUUUUGUUGUCGUUCUGGAGGCAUGCCGCUUUAAGGUGGAAGGAUAUAGAUAUGGCGUUGUCAGCCCGGCUGUUUGUCCUUCCGUCCUUGCAUCCGUGCGUCUAACCGUCUGAACGAAAUAGAAAGUGCUUAAAAUUCAAAAGUAGUUUUGCUAAAAUCACCACACCUCGCAUAAUUAUUAAUUUGCACAUGUCCUUUGCUCACUUCUAGUGUUAUCCCUCUUGACCUAGUAAUAACAGAAUUUUCCCAUUGAUUUAGUAAAAAAAAGGUAGGAAUUUAAGAUCUUUUGACAGAUUUUCAUGAAGUUUUACCCAAAUGUAGAUCACUAUAGGGUGGGGAUGAAACGCAACAUCAGUAACUUCAGAGUUAUUGCCCUUUAACUGCCUUUACAGUACAUAUUCCCCACAUAACAUAUUGUAAUCCAUCGAUGGAUCUUCAUGAAAUUUAACACAAAUAUAGAAUAUUAUAGGUUGUGGUGCAUGUACAUCUUUCGCCAGUAUCACUCCAGUGACGUAGUUAUUGCCCUUUAAUUCAUUUAAAGUACAUAGAUUACAACAUAACAAAGUUGAUGGAUCUUCAGAACACUUACUACCAAUAUAACCAACAAACCAUUGCACAGCCCUAUUAUACCUAACUUGUGUAUAAAGCAGAUAAAGUUUCUUGUUUAACGUGGGUAGCCCCACCUGGAAUGGAUGGAACAACGUAUUUCCAGUCAAGCCCACGGCAGGCGUCAUAUAUUUACCUCCCCGGCAUCCAGUCUAGGCUGAUACAGCUGGAAACAGUACCAAUUUAAGUAAAUCACCCGGCACUGAACACUAGACGGGAUAUCAGCCGCGACCGGGAAUCGAACCCGGACCGCUGGCGUUGUAAUCCAACCUCCUAUCCACUGCGCCACUGAUAUCUGUAUAUCUGGAAAUUAAAUAUCUUUCAAAAAUAUAGUGCCCUGAUUCACAAAACAACCUAUUCGACAGGGAAUAUAAUGUCACUAAAUUUGCUUUUUUUUCUCUUUUAGCUCAUCAGAGACCAAUGUUAAGGGGAACUUUUAAGAUAGGUGGGUUCUCUGCCCUGUGCUGUCUUUCGACCAAGCCAGCUUAGCUGUAUAGGUAGAACACAAAAUGUGCAAGGACCAAAGGUCCAAAAAAACAAAUGCCUGUCAACACUUUUACUUGACUAUUAUCAGGUAGUUAGUUUUUCAGCAAUCUGUCUCAAGUAUAUUGGUUGACUUGGGUCAUUUCAGGGCUAACAUAGAGCUCGGAGUUUUUAUCCCUUGCCGGAAAGUUUUGGUGUUGUCCGUCCGGCUGUUUGUCCGUCCUGGCGUGCGAAAUUGAAAAUGAAAAUGCUUAUAAUUAAAAAUGUAUUCAAACCAGAAUCACCAAACUUCACAGAAUUAUUAAUUAAUACCUGACAUAACCCCCCCCCCCCCCCCCCCCCCCCGCCUAGUAAGCAGACUUUCCCCCCUUGAUUUGUUUGGGGGAAAAUGAAUAUAAUUCAGAAGUAUUUCUGCCACGUAAUUAUUAGUUAGCAUAUGACCUUUGCUCACAGUUUGUAUUAUCCAUCUUGACAUAGUUAAAGAAGUGCUUAUCCCCUUGAAUUGUUAAAAAAAAAAAAAAAAUGCUGGUUUAUUCAAAAAAAUGUUUUCUUUUAACUUGAAUCGCCAAACCUCACAUAGUGAUUAAUUAGUACACGACCUUUGCUCACAUGUUGUAUUAUCCUCCUUGACCCAGUAAAAGCAGAAUUUCGCCCCUCUCCCCCAUCUGAUUUGGUUUUGACUGUAUAUAAGUAUCCUUUUGAUGGACCUUCAUGGAACUUUACACAAAUGUAGAGGCUGUGGUGCACACUCAAUUUCAUCAGGAUUACUUCGUUAACUUCAGAGUUAUUACCCUUUGAUUAUUUCACAAUCCAUAAAUUCCUGUAUAACAAAGUGAUCCAUUAAUGGAUCUUCACGAAAUUGAUACAAAUAUAGAUUACUAUAGGGCGGUGGUGCUUGCAUAUCUUUUAUCAGAAUCUCGUCAGUACCUGUUAUAGUUAUUACCCUUAAAUUUUUUUUGAAGUUCAUGAAUUCCCACAAAACAAAGUAACCCAUUAAUGAAUCUUCGUGAAACUUAAUACAAAUAUAGAUCACUAUAGAAAGUUUUUCCCCUGGAUUUUGUUAAACUUAGGAAGCAACAAACCGUUGCAUGUCCCUUUUUUGCAUAACUUUUGUAUAUCUGACAAUUUAACAUUUUUCAAAAUAUAGUUCUCUGAUUCACAAAACAACCAAUUUGCGUGGGGUUAUUAAUUCACUGAUUUUGCUUGUAACUUAUAUGAUAUGAAACAUUGGCUAGUGGCCUUUGACCCCCACCAUCUAGUCAGUGAAGUCAAAUGGUGCAAAAACGUGUAUUUUAUCUGUACCUAGUAUUGUGAAUUUGUGCAUGCCUCAAAGAUAGAAAUGCUUUGCUUUCAAAGUUCAGUCCUCUAUUAGCUAUAUGCCUCCAUCAAAUGAUAUGUAUACAUGUAUGUUACUUUAUUGUAAAGUAGAUUUUGUAAAAGCAAAGUAUGAUUAUAUGUUGUAUUUUUAUGUUGAA